AUCAGAUUCUCUUCGCUGAAAAAAAAAAAGAAAAAGAAACCACAAAGAAUCUCUUUUGAGAUCCAGCAAUACAAUGUCAAUUUCCCUUUAAUCUCGCCUCUAUUACAAUUAGGGUUUUCUCUCUCUAUCAUCUUCAAUAUUAAAUUACGACUAACCCAACUCUCUCCUCACUCAAUUAUGUGCCUAGUGUUUAUUUGUUUUGGGUUUCUAGAUUCGAGUCACCUCUAAAAUCUGGUUUCUCUUGGACCGGAUCAAAUCUUCAACUCAGGUUCUACUGGAUUUUGGUGGGAUUUUCGUUGUUGUUUGAAAUAUUGACUUUUGGGUAUUUGGGUUUGAAUUGCUGAUAAUGAGGAGUUGAAAUUGGCUGAUUUGUGUUUGGUCGGUGUUGCAUGUUGAGAAUUCUUGAAAUUGGGGCUUGAAUUCAACACUUUUUUGUUGAUUGCAGAUACGUGUUUGGCUUUUAAUAAGUUUUAGUGUUUUUAGGGUUUGGCUUUGAUUUGGUGACUCUGCAUGUGGGAGCAGCAAGGGGUCCUCUGCUAGACUGUGGAGGAUCCCUAUGAAUUGUUUUAUUAUUGCCUAGUUAUUAUUGUUGAAGAGGGUGAGCAAAUUGGAGAAAUGCAAAUGAUAACGGUCAGUUGAUUUGGAGAUUCUGUUUUGGCAAGUUGAGGAGUUUUGCAUAAUUGGUAUUCAUUGUCAAGCAUAUUUAUAUAAAUUAUUUUGGGUGGGAAAUGUUUGGUUCUGGUGCAGCGACUGCCCAUGAUAAUGCUGGAGUGGUUCCUAUGCGCUUUGUGUGGCCUUACGGAGGGAGGAGUGUGUUUCUCAGUUUCUCUUUCACUGGUUGGACUGAACACAUACCUAUGUCUCCAAUGGAGGGUUGCCCGACUGUGUUCCAAGUUAUUUGCAGCUUAACACCGGGACACCACCAGUACAAAUUUUUUGUUGACGGACAAUGGCGGCAUGAUGAGCACCAACGUUCUGUAAGUGGGAAUUAUGGGGUAGUAAAUACUGUUUUUGUACCAAGGGAACUGUACAUGGAUCCUCCAGUUUUUGAUCUCGAGACAUCUGGAUCUAAUAUGGAGCUGGAUGAUGUCUUUUCACGUACAGAAGCAAUCGCGAGGGUGUCAGAAGCUGAUUUCCAGGUUUCUCAUCACCGUAUUUCUGCAUUCUUAGCCACACAUACUGCAUAUGAGCUGCUUCCUGAGUCAGGCAAGGUUGUUGCCUUGGAUGUUAAUGUACCAGUUAAGCAAGCAUUCCAUAUUCUCCAUGAACAGCGUGUCCCUAUGGCUCCUCUUUGGGACUUUCUAAAGGGCCAGUUUGUUGGAGUUCUCAGUGCACUGGACUUUAUCUUGAUUCUGAGGGAGCUGGGGAAUAAUGGAUCUAACUUGACGGAGGAAGAAUUGGAGACACAUAGUAUAUCAGCUUGGAAGGAAGGAAAAUUACAUCUUAGCAGACAAAUGGAUGGCAAUGGGAGAGCACAUCCUAAACAUCUUGUACAUGCUGGGCCGUACGAUUCCUUGAAAGAUGUUGCAUUGAAAAUUUUGCAAAACAAAGUAUCGACAAUUCCCAUUAUUCAUUCUUCUUCACGAGACGGUUCAUUUCCCCAGCUAUUGCAUCUUGCUUCUCUUUCAGGAAUACUAAAGUGUAUAUGCAGGCACUUUAGGCACUCUGCUAGCUCCUUGCCUGUUCUUCAACUACCAAUUUGUAGAAUUCCUCUAGGUACAUGGGUUCCAAAAAUUGGGGAAUCAAAUGCACAGCCAUUUGCUAUGUUGCGACCAAAUGCUUCUCUUGGUGAUGCCCUAUCUCUGUUAGUUCAGGCUGAAGUAAGUUCAAUACCAAUUGUAGAUGACAAUGAUUCACUCUUAGACAUAUACUCAAGGAGUGAUAUCACUGCUUUGGCAAAAGACAAAGCCUAUGCACAGAUUCAUCUUGAUGAAAUCAGUAUCCAUCAGUCUGCUGCCCCUAUUCUACUAGGCAUUGCAAUUGGGACAAGAUGCAAAUUCACCGUAUGGAUUCUACAAUGGACAGAGAUGUCAGAUGUGUUUGGGAUCCGAUCCUCUACACAAAGUGAUGGAGCAAUUGGCAAAUCCUGGUGUAAGGAGACUUUUGAUUGUGGAGGCUGGUAGCAAGCGUGUUGAAGGGAUCAUCUCCUUGAGUGAUGUGUUCAAUUUUCUGCUUGGUUAGCCUAGAUGUUAGCAAUUAUUUGCAUGGAAAUAUAUGCUAUGGUAACACUGAUGAUGGCUCAUUUCUUUCUUAUAUGUUCUGUAAAGUCUCUCUUCAUUGGAAGGGCCCCAUUCUUCUGAGCCCGCCCUCUUUUUAUGGUAGAAAAUUCAGAGAGCAUAAAAAAAUUUGUAAAUUGUGAGUAUUCAAAAUUUCCCCUUACAACCCAAUUAUUAUCAACUCAAUUGUGCUACUGUAGCAGCUUUCAUGUUUUAGUGAUUACAGAAAAUGAGGCUUAAAGUGCAGGAAACUGCAUGCGGCAUUCCAUACUGUUGGUGGGUUGUGCAUAAGAAUUGUGGGUGGUUGCUUAUUUUCAAUUUCUAAUUCUGCUCUCUUUUCUACUGCAGCAUUUUCAGUUCAUUUAUGAUUAUUUUCAAUGUUCCAUGAUCUUGUGAAUUGGGUGGUAUAGGAACACAAGUGGAAUUUGCUUUGAUGGUACAAAAAAUCCUGCUGAAUAAUUAUUGUCUUGUAUCUGAGAUUGUUUAUAGAGGGGGAUGUGCUUAGAUUGCGUUUGUCCUACAUCUGUAAUAUUUCAUUAAAGGCUCAAAAUUGCAGGGCUUUGUUUUUGGAGCUUUAAUUGAGACCUAAUUGGUUCUUUUGGAUUAUAACCAUCAUACAGGACAUUCAUACUUU